AUGGAUUGCUGCGACGAAACUGAAGAAGGAAGGAGGUUUUAUAUAGAGUUCAAAACUUCUCACGAGUAUGCAGGAAAGGAACGUGAAGUCUUUAUAUACUACCAGAAGCAAGAGAGGCUCCUCGAGGGUUUCACUGACAUGGAGACUAUCCACAAAACUGGUUGCUCAAACACGUUGGAGAGUGGAUCUCAACUUUACUCAAGAUUCUUUCAUAAACAUGCAUGA